AAACCAGCUGGUGUAACGCGAUAUACCUUCAGUGAAGUUUAAAUAGUGUCUGCGUUAGUUAAGCUGUCUUCCAUGGAGUAGGGUACGAUUGUGGCGCUGCUCUGUCAGAGUGCCGGCUGGUAUUUGGGGGACUGCUAAAACGAGAAGAAACCAAGUGGUCGGAUCACUUUUUUACUUCGAUUUUUUUCGGCGCAAUUUUAAAUCUGCUUUAAUGGAUCUUUUCCCUUUUUUUACAAGAUAGACUUUGACAUAACAAGGGCCCAGCAUUCUAUGAACAGUCUGAUUUCCUGAUUUAUCCACCUCGACGAUGAGCACAAAAAUGCUGCAAGUGUUUGGUGGGUGCUCUGUGCCUCAGCCUAUAAUGCCGUCAAUGCCCGUAGACCUGGCCAUGCGUCUGUGCCUGAGCCAGAGUCCGCCCCUCUGCCAGCUCCUGAGGAUGUCCUCACUGAAGCCCCUGCGGCCGUGCAUCCAGCCCCAAUCGCCCGAGUCAGAAAUGCCGCAGUCCCACCCCACGGCCUGCCCCUCAGACUGGACCCUGUCCGAGACUGGCAUCAGCGGGGACGGCACCAGCACCAAGAAGAAGCGCGUGGUGUUCGCCGACUCCAAGGGCCUCUCGCUCACCGCCGUGCACGUGUUCUCCGAGAGGGAGGAGCCCCCGCGCCCCGAGCCCUCGCCGAGCCUGCGGUUGCUGCGGCGACCGGCGGCGGACAGGAAGCAUCCCGGCGGGGCGAGGAAGCCGCCGCCGCGGCUGGGGUUCCAGCAGCCCCUGGCCGACUUCCAGUCGUUCCGCGCCCGGCUGCAGGAGGACCUGGUCCUCCUGGAGAGCUGCAGCGUGACGGAGCGUGCCCUCAGCGGCACCGUCCAGGUGAAGAACGUCAGCUUCCAGAAGGCCGUGCACGUGCGCGUCACUUUCGACUCCUGGCGCAGCUGGCGCGACGUGCCCUGCGCCUUCCUGCAGCAGCAGCGCUACGGCGGCUCGGACACGGACGUCUUCGCCUUCCACGUCCCGCUCCCCGAGGACCUGGACCCCAGGGAGCGGCUGGAGUUUUGUGUGUCUUACCUCCCGGGCAGCCAAAGCACGGCUCUGUGGGACAACAACAAGGGACAGAACUACAGCGUUGUCUGUGGGGAGUGUGAGGCUCCCCCCUCCGCUCAGCCCAUCACGUCUAAACAGAAGCCUGGGAGACCGUGGGCAGGCCAGUCUCAGAGCAAAGAGUAUGCCCCGAAUGAUGCAAUGCAGGUCCCUUCACCCUAUUCCUAUGAGAUCUUGGUUAACCACAGCUGGGGCAGAUUGGGAAACAUCUCACCUUUCUGGUGACUCGGUGGUGCCCACCGAUGCUUGACACUAGUAAAUAAUUAUAGAUGGAAUGUUCUACCUUCUGCCAACACCCCCCCCCCCCCCCCUCCUUCAGCUGAAGAAUAUCUAUAAUUAUGACUACUGACCUCAGGCAAACUUGGAAUUAGUCUUCUUUCAUUGGUACUUCACUUUGUGACCAUCGGCCCAUUCACUGGCAGAGAAAUUAGUAACUUGCAGGCAAUGUUUCAGACGGCCCCAAGACAGAGGCAACUUUUGAACAUUGACCUCUGCUACAAUUCCUGCCAUGAGGACCUAAGAAGCAAACUGAUAAAGUAGGCAUGACAGAUGGAACCUGACCUGAAAAUUAACUAUGUUUCUCCUUUUAUACUGAGCGCUAAGCCAAGACAACUGUGAUUAUUGUCAUUUUUACCCAAACUCACUGACUAAUUAAACCCCAAAGUAUUAGCAAAGUGUGACUAUUGAGUUUGCUCAACGUUUUUCCCCCUUUGUAGGGGGAGCGGAUGGACUUCUGUGAUGGAAGCUGCCCUGGGUUGUUGAAUGAAUUUUCCUGCACAUUUUUGUAAAUAAACUGGCUUUAAAUAUCAA